AUCAUUGUGCGCCGGAAGUUUAUAGUUCGCGGUGCAUGCUGGAAGACGCUUAGGAACACAGACUUGGAAGAUGGCGGCCUCCACAUCUGCAGGAAGCGGCGCGGGGCCCUCGGGCUCUGGAAACCCAGCCGGUGCCUCGGGACUGACCGCAGCUAUCACCGGCACUAUGAAUAAGAAGAAGAAACCGUUCCUUGGGAUGGCGGCACCGCUCGGAUAUGUACCGGGCCUGGGUCGAGGUGCCACUGGCUUCACAACCCGUUCAGAUAUUGGUCCUGCUCGUGAUGCCAAUGACCCGGUGGAUGACCGCCAUGCCCCUCCGGGAAAGAGAACUGUGGGGGACCAGAUGAAGAAGAACCAAGCAGAUGAUGAUGAUGAAGACUUGAAUGAUACAAAUUAUGAUGAGUUCAAUGGCUACGCUGGGAGCUUGUUUUCUAGCGGCCCCUAUGAGAAGGACGAUGAGGAAGCAGAUGCCAUAUACGCAGCCCUGGAUAAGCGUAUGGACGAGAGGCGAAAGGAGAGAAGGGAGCAGAGAGAAAAGGAGGAAAUUGAGAAAUAUCGUAUGGAGAGACCCAAGAUCCAGCAGCAGUUCUCUGACCUGAAGAGGAAGCUGGCAGAAGUGACAGAAGAAGAGUGGCUGAGCAUCCCUGAGGUGGGAGAUGCACGUAAUAAGCGCCAGAGAAACCCACGGCAUGAAAAGCUAACGCCUGUUCCCGACAGCUUCUUUGCAAAGCAUUUACAGACAGGGGAGAACCACACGUCAGUUGAUCCACGUCAGGCGCAAUUUGGAGGUUUAAACUCCCCUUUCCCAGGAGGACUGAAUUCUCCAUACCCUGGCGGGAUGACUCCGGGGCUAAUGACUCCUGGUACUGGGGAUCUGGACAUGAGGAAGAUUGGACAGGCCAGGAACACACUAAUGGACAUGAGACUGAGCCAGGUGUCCGACUCUGUAAGUGGUCAGACUGUGGUUGACCCCAAAGGUUAUCUGACUGACCUGAAUUCUAUGAUCCCAACCCACGGAGGAGAUAUCAAUGAUAUUAAAAAAGCCCGUCUACUUCUGAAGUCUGUAAGAGAAACAAACCCUCAUCACCCUCCAGCCUGGAUCGCUUCUGCCCGUCUUGAGGAGGUGACUGGCAAAUUACAAGUAGCUCGAAACCUCAUCAUGAAAGGAACAGAGAUGUGUCCCAAGAGUGAAGAUGUCUGGCUGGAGGCUGCUCGAUUACAGCCCGGGGACACUGCCAAGGCUGUGGUAGCACAAGCUGUGCGUCACCUCCCACAGUCUGUGAGAAUCUAUAUCCGAGCAGCAGAGCUGGAGACCGAUCUUCGAGCAAAGAAACGUGUCCUGAGAAAAGCUCUGGAGCAUGUCCCUAACUCUGUCCGUCUGUGGAAAGCUGCCGUGGAGUUGGAGGAGCCAGAGGAUGCCCGAAUCAUGUUGAGCCGUGCCGUUGAGUGUUGCCCAACCAAUGUGGAGUUAUGGCUGGCUUUGGCUAGGUUGGAGACCUAUGAAAAUGCCCGUAAAGUUCUGAACAAAGCUCGGGAGAACAUUCCCACAGACAGACAUAUUUGGAUCACAGCUGCCAAGCUGGAAGAGGCCAAUGGGAACACACAGAUGGUGGAGAAGAUUAUAGACAGAGCAAUCACAUCUCUGAGAGCCAACGGAGUAGAAAUCAACCGUGAGCAAUGGAUACAGGAUGCUGAGGAGUGUGACAAGGCUGGCAGCGUAGUAACAUGUCAGGCAGUCAUCAGGGCUGUAAUUGGCAUCGGAAUAGAAGAGGAGGAUCGGAAGCACACAUGGAUGGAGGAUGCUGACAGUUGUGUCUCUCACAGUGCCUUGGAGUGUGCCAGGGCUAUCUAUGCCCACUCCCUUCAAGUUUUCCCCAGCAAGAAGAGUGUGUGGCUGAGGGCUGCUUAUUUUGAGAAGAACCAUGGUACAAGGGAGUCUCUGGAAGCACUCUUGCAGCGUGCAGUUGCCCACUGUCCUAAAGCAGAAGUGUUGUGGUUGAUGGGAGCCAAGUCCAAGUGGCUCGCAGGCGAUGUACCGGCUGCCAGAAGUAUCCUUGCCCUGGCUUUCCAGGCCAAUCCCAACAGUGAAGAGAUCUGGUUAGCCGCCGUGAAAUUGGAGUCUGAAAACAAUGAGUAUGAGCGAGCUCGUCGACUGUUGGCCAAGGCUCGGAGCAGUGCACCUACUGCCAGGGUGUUCAUGAAAUCUGUAAAGCUGGAAUGGGUUUUGGGGAACAUUGAAGCAGCUCAGGAUCUCUGUGAGGAAGCCCUACGUCACUAUGAGGAGUUCCCCAAACUGUGGAUGAUGAAGGGACAGAUUGAAGAGCAAAUGGAACAGACUGAAAAGGCCAGAGAUGCUUAUAACCAAGGGUUGAAGAAGUGUCCCCAUUCUACGCCUUUGUGGUUACUCCUGUCUCAUCUGGAGGAGAAGGUUGGCCAGCUGACACGAGCCAGGGCUAUCCUGGAGAAGUCUCGUCUGAAAAACCCAAAGACUCCAGAGCUGUGGCUUGAAUCUGUGCGUCUGGAGUUCCGAGCUGGUCUAAAGAACAUUGCCAAUACCCUGAUGGCUAAAGCUCUGCAAGAAUGUCCCAACUCAGGAAUUCUUUGGGCAGAAGCAGUUUUCCUUGAAGCCAGGCCCCAGCGCAAGACAAAGAGUGUUGAUGCUCUGAAGAAGUGUGAGCAUGAUCCACAUGUGCUGCUGGCAGUUGCUAAGCUCUUCUGGAGUGAACGCAAAAUUACAAAAGCUCGGGAAUGGUUUCACCGAACUGUGAAAAUUGACUCGGACCUAGGGGACGCCUGGGCAACCUUCUAUAAGUUUGAACUGCAGCACGGUACAGAGGAGCAGCAAGAGGAGAUCAGAAAGCGUUGUGAAAACGCAGAACCACGCCAUGGGGAGCUUUGGUGUGCAGGGUCCAAAGAUAUAAAGAACUGGCAGCAGAAGAUAGGGGAGAUCCUUGUCCUGGUGGCAGCUCAAAUCAAGAACACGUUCUGAUGACCCCAUUUUGCAGUGCAUGGCCAAUCCUAUACAUACACACAUAUACAUGCAUUUGGAUUCCCUGUUCACUGGAUUUUGUCUCUGUCAUGCCAUGCAGAAGUGAGGAAAGGAGAAUUAUUCUGUAAAUGUUGUCUUGGAGCAGUUCCUAAUUUGGGAUUUUCUGUGAAAGUUCCACAGCAUUGCUUCCCUUUCCAUUUCAAUAACAAAAGACUCUCCUAGUACUUGGUGUCAGGAGACCAUUUCUAGUUUAGAAAACCACAUCGGCUUCAGAUGAAACCUUUCUGCUUUGUGAAGAAGGCUUUAUUUUUUUUUUUUGAGUGUUUUGUUGUCCAUUAUUGCUGUGUACUAUGGAUUGUUGCUGAUAUACAAGAACUUCAUAGGCUUCCUGAGUUCUUAAUGACACAUUAUUCCUGUGAAAAUUUGGUGCUGCCUCUAGUAUCUGGACAUUAAUCUGUAAUGAAACACAAGUCAAUAUCUCUUAUUGGGAUCUUGGCAUCUGAUUUUGACUUGGGACUCUGGAUUUUACAUCUUUACUACAGGGACUAAAAUCUUAGUGGCUGGUUGUUUUAAUCUUCUCACGAUACAAGCCUUGUUUGUGUGGAAGGUAAGCUUGUAUUAGUUGUUUUAUUGUCCGGAAGGUAAAAGACCACUUCACCCACUUUCAGCUACACUUGCUAGUAGAUGCUGUUAGUUGGCUUCUGCAGGGAAAACAGAGCUCUGUCUGUGUUGUGGCUCAUGAAAUGUGAUUUUUAACAAAAAAAUACAGGCAAGCUUUGUUUGUGUUUGCAUCUUAGCACCACAUAAUAAAGUCUGUGACCUUUA